AUGGAGUCUACGUGUUGCUCACCAUCUUUCAUCAUUGACAUACUGGUUGAACACUCAAAACAUGUUUCCUUCUUACAAAGCGCUGAUAUUCUUUCUCGCCAACAGAUGAAACUCAUUUCCAAGUUUACAACUGGCAAGGGACCUAUUGAGAAAGGACAAGACACCAAGGAGAAUACAAAUCUAUGCACUUUGCCUUCAAUAAUGGAUUUGGUUGUUGCUGCUAUUGAAAAAAAUAUAAUUUUGCAGCAUAAUCAAUUCUUAUUCUUUGGAAAAAGGAAAGGAGAAAAUUUGAUAUUAGACCAGCUCUCAGUCUGGGAUUUUGGAGUUCCAGAUCAAUUGUGGCUUUGUUCAAUUAUGGAGUGAUGGCACGUAUGUUAAAUUUUGAGUUACGACGUUUCUAUUCAUGGUGGUGGGACAUCCAUAUUAGCCCCAAGACUUCAAAUUGGAUUCAAGAGAAUCUUACAGCAGGUCGAGCAAGGAUAAGAACUAGAGAAAAGAGGGCAUGACUAAUGUAUACUCACGGAUUGAUGACUGAGGCAAUGGGGAGAAAACAUCAAUAGCCAAUCUUCACGAACAGGGUAUGCAGGAUAUUUAAAUGCACAUGUUAGCAAUGAACUUUCAUAGAUUAGUUUAGAAUACUUUUAGAGUUCGUUUAUUAAGAUAUUGUAAUCCUAGGGUUAUUGGUGUUGUAUUGUAACUACAACCGGUGGAUUGACAUUAAGCAGUCUGCAGUGAUUUAGGGAUUGGUUGGUAUGGACAAUUUCAGCUUCUAAUACCCUUCCUGACCCAUUCUU